UGCCCGUCCUCCGGGGGAGGGGUCGGGGGCGCGGCGCCCCACAUAACACUCCCCCUCCGGCGCUCGGAGCCACCCCUCUCCCCUCCCUCCUGCAAACACCACCGCCUCCCCUGCCACCGCCGCCACCUCGCCCGACGCUCCGCAGCUCGCCGCGGCCGGUGGGCGGUGCGCGGACCGUGCGCGCCGGGGGCGCCAGAUGUGCAGUCCCCGCCGCCGCCAGUGACCGAGCCGCAGCCCGAGCGGGAUCGGGCCGCCUCCCCAAUGCUGCGGGGGCGACCUUGAGCGCACCCCGGCUUGCCUCGGCGGGGACCCCGACACCCCGAGCGCUGUGCCCGGACCUGCCCUCUGCAGCCCGGCUCGCCCCGCGUUUGGACAUGGAGGGGGCCGCUGCGCCCGCGGCGGGGGACGGCCCGGACUUGGGGCCGGGGGCGCCGGGCUCUCUCCCUGAGGCGGUGGCGGGGGCCACCGCAGCCCCCGCGGCGGCGGCCCCGGAGCCCAGGAAGCCGCACGGGGUGAAGCGGCAUCACCACAAGCACAACUUGAAGCACCGCUACGAGCUGCAGGAGACCCUGGGCAAAGGCACCUACGGCAAAGUCAAGAGGGCCACCGAGAGGUUUUCGGGCCGAGUGGUUGCUAUAAAAUCCAUUCGUAAGGACAAAAUUAAGGAUGAACAAGACAUGGUUCACAUCAGACGAGAGAUUGAGAUCAUGUCAUCCCUCAGCCACCCUCAUAUCAUCAGUAUUUAUGAAGUGUUUGAGAACAAAGAUAAGAUUGUGAUCAUCAUGGAGUACGCAAGCAAAGGGGAGCUGUACGAUUUCAUCAGCGAGCGGCGACGCCUCAGCGAGAGGGAGACCAGACACUUCUUCCGGCAGAUCGUCUCCGCUGUGCACUAUUGUCACAAGAACGGCGUGGUCCACCGAGACUUGAAGCUGGAAAAUAUACUGCUUGAUGACAACUGCAAUAUUAAGAUUGCUGACUUUGGGCUUUCCAACCUGUACCAGAAGGACAAGUUCUUGCAAACAUUUUGUGGGAGCCCCCUCUACGCAUCUCCUGAAAUUGUCAAUGGGAGGCCUUACCGAGGGCCAGAGGUGGACAGCUGGGCCCUGGGCGUGUUGCUUUACACUCUCGUUUAUGGAACAAUGCCCUUUGAUGGUUUCGAUCACAAAAACCUCAUUCGGCAGAUCAGCAGCGGAGAGUACCGGGAGCCCACGCAGCCCUCAGAUGCUCGAGGACUCAUUCGGUGGAUGCUGAUGGUGAACCCGGAUCGCCGGGCCACCAUCGAGGACAUAGCCAACCACUGGUGGGUGAACUGGGGCUACAAGAGCAGCGUCUGCGACUGCGAUGCCCUUCACAACUCCGAGUCCCCGCUCUUGGCUCGCAUUAUUGAUUGGCACCACCGUUCCACGGGGCUGCAGGCUGAGGCUGAAGCCAAAAUUAAGGGCCUGGCUAAACCCGGGGCCUCUGAGGUCAUGCUGGAGCGGCAGCGGUCGCUGAAGAAGUCCAAGAAAGAGAAUGACUUUGCCCAGUCCGGCCAGGACUCGGUGCCCGAAAGCCCAUCCAAGCUGAGUUCUAAGAGGCCCAAAGGGAUCCUGAAGAAGCGAAGCAACAGUGAGCAUCGCUCUCACAGCACUGGCUUCAUCGAAGGUGUGGUCAGUCCUGCCUUACCCUCUGCUUUCAAGAUGGAGCAGGACUUGUGCCGGACUGGCGUGCCCCUCCCAAGCUCCCCCGAGGCAGAGGUGCCAGGUAAACUCAGCCCCAAACAGUCAGCCACGAUGCCCAAGAAAGGCAUCUUGAAAAAGACCCAGCAGAGAGAAUCGGGUUACUACUCCUCCCCAGAGCGCAGCGAGUCUUCGGAGCUGUUGGACAGUAACGAUGGGAUGGGCAGCAGCAUCCCCUCCCCCAGUCCCCCGGACCCAGACAGGGUGGCUUCCCACAGCCUCUCCUGCCGCAGGAAGGGCAUCUUGAAACACAGCAGCAAGUACUCAGCAGGCGCCAUGGACCCGGCCCUCGCAAGCCCCGAAAUGCCCACACUGGAAUCCUUGCUGGAGCCCGGCGUCCCCGCCGAGGGCCUUUCCCGGAGCUACAGCCGGCCUUCCAGCGUCAUCAGCGACGACAGCGUCCUGUCCAGCGACUCCUUCGACUUGCUGGAUUUGCAGGAGAAUCGCCCCGCCCGCCAGCGCAUCCGCAGCUGCGUCUCUGCCGAAAACUUCCUUCAGAUCCAGGACUUUGAGGGGCUCCAGAACCGACCCCGGCCCCAGUACCUAAAGCGGUACCGGAACCGGCUGGGAGACAGCAGCUUCUCCCUCCUCGCGGACAUGGAUGACGUGACUCAGGUCUACAAGAAAGCGCUGGAGAUCUGCAACAAGCUCAACUAGCUCCCCCAGGGUGCAGGGCGGGGUGGGGGUGGGUACGAGGGAGGAAGGGGAGCAAUGACUUGCGCUGAUGAGCUGGUUACCUCUUCGCUGGCCAUGACAAGAGACUGUAAAAGGAUUGGUGCUGCCGUCUUGCUUGGCCAGGUUUGCAGCCUUGAGCCAGCACCUAAAAGGGAGAAGUGGGCUCUCUGCCAGUCCUGCCAACUGCCAGGCAGAAUUUGGGUCCUAAUUGGCAUUUGCUUUAUGGCACCUCCUAGAGGACCAGCUGUCUCUGGGAGGUGGUGUUGGCCAGCACUUAGAGGGUGGGGAGGAAGCAUGUGGGAGAGGAAGCAUUUCCCUAGAAGCAUCCAAAUGCUUCUGGAGGAAGGUCAGGAGAGACUGGGGCCAUCUGCUUUGGGUGAGCUCAAAGAGCUGGCUCCUUCUCUCCUUGCAGUAGCGAGCUUGGUCUGAGUGCAUGGGGCUAGCAAAUAGAUUUCAGCAACCUGAUCUUGAAUCGGCGAUUGAUUGAUAGUGGCUGCUGGAUGUGCUAGUUUGAGUAGCCCAGGCACCUGGGGAAGGCGUGCUGUGAUUGAAUAGUAAUGGCUGCCAUGGGGAUGGGAAGUGGGGCAGUAGCACUCAUGCCAUGUAGUUGCCAUCCUUGACCUAGCUAAGCCCUGGGAGUUAGGUUAAGGCAUCCUGUGGGAUCUAUGUUAACUCUUGCAUGUCUCUGGCAUGGCAUUUGUUAAUUUGCUACUCCACCUUGAAUGGAAGGAAGAGCCUUGGUCAGAGAGAGAAUGCUCUGAAUUCUGCUAAGGACAUAGAGUCAGCCCAUGAUGAUUUUUUUGGCUCCUUGCUCUCCACCUCUUCUUUCCUCAUGUCUGCCUUGCUCUUCAGCGUAACCUCCCAAGGGUGGACACGGAAAAAGAUGGUGGUGUCAGAGGUCAAAACUAUGGUAUAUAACAGAGCUCAGGACCCUCUGUGGUCUUUGUGCAGAUGAAUGGAAGUUGAUCCACACCAGCAAGGGACAACUUGCCAAUUUCUUUAAUGUCUCAAUCUUAAUUGGAAUGCUGCCUCCUGUGUUCUCACCUGCAUGAAUGCUUUGAAUUGGAUGUGAUACUGUCCAUAGUCUUCAAAAGAGUGGCUGGCUCAGCCAUUUGCCCUGUUUAUUGAUAGCAAAAGGUUUCCCCAUUCACCAAGUGUAGAAUCCUCAGAGGUAGGCGAGUUUGCUUUUAGGGAGUUAGUGUGUAGGUUGGGUAUUUGGAUGAGGACAGGGAAGUCAGGCAGAAGGUACUUUCCCCACAAAUAUAGGUAUUCUAUGUCAUGGUUUUGAACUCCUAGGCUUUGGGGGAAAAGAAAGUUCCAUCCAUUCAGGUGAAUAAGGUGUUGAAAGAGUAGAGUGGGUUGGGAGAAGCAUAGAGGAGAGGGAACAUUUUCUUAGAAGUCAUCGAAAUGAUUCUGGAGGAGGCAGAAAAGAGGUAUGACAGGACUCAUCUUAAAAAGUAGCAAAGCUAGGUCUUUAACUUCUAGACACCCAGAUUACAGGUGACAAGAUGUCACUUCCACGUCACAAGACAAAGGGGCAUCUUCAGAUACUGGGUUUGAAAUCCAAAUAGUCUUAUUUGGGAAUCUGGGAUGACUUCAGAUUCUACUGCCCUGGGCAAAUCAAAACCCUUGUUUCAAGAUGGCUGACUUGCGAUAGCCACCUAGAUGCAUAAGAAGGACCAGUCUUGGGAGUGUUUUGGGGAAAACCAACAGACAAUAGUUCAUAGGGAGAUGAGAAAGAAUUCACCUUAAGGCACUAAGAACAUUAAGUUGAAUGAAGCUGACCUUGCCCCAAGAAGAUGGCUCCAUUUCUCCCCUUCCCACCAACUCUAGGGUUUUGGCUUGUGCAUUCCUUCGGGUUGAGUUGAGUAAUGUAUUAUGGGAAGCCUCCUAUUUUCCUUUCUUUAAUUCCCCCUCUUUCCUGAACUCCAGUAUAGGUUCAAAGGGAAAAAAAAAAAUCUAUAAAUAGCAAAUUGUGUGUGUGGGGUGUGUGGGUGCCUGGAUGGCAUUCUGCAACCUCUGAGCUCCCUGCUCCUUAACUCAUUUUAUGCAACCUUUUCUGAACAGCCUCUACUGCCACACUGCUGGCCCCUCUUGCAUGGCAGCUGGCCUUGUGGGUAGCUGUCAGUGUGACUUAGGUAGAACACCUACCUACUGGUUGAUGUGUUUUUUCCUGUUGCCAAGUGAUUACGUCUGUUUAGUGUUUUCCAUCCUUCUAAUCGUUAAGUAAAAAAUGACACUAUUAAGGAAAAUAAUCCCCCUCCCUAAAAAAACCCCACGUGUGUGUUCUCUUUUGUCAAUAAACCCACUCAGUGGAUUGUGGCAGACAGUCCUCCACUCAGGCAGAGAUUCUGAGUUGAGUCCUGCUAUGCUGCUAACUAGCUGGCGGCCUUACGCACUGCAGUGUUUUGAGGGCUAAGUGUUCCCCUUCAGUGAGGGCUGGAGGGGUGGAUUAGCUGGUCUCUCAGGCCCCGCCUACUUCUGACAUUCUGCCAGCAUCCUCUGAUUCUAGAUGUGAUGUCGACUGUCCUUUCAAGGAAAAACUUGGAAAUAGAGGGAAAAGCCCUAAAAAGCAGCUUCGCUCUUCCUAAUUAAGUCCUGUCGUCCCGACCAGCCAAUCCCCAGCCGAGGAAGUCAUGCUUGAUUCAUUUCCAUGGAAUUACAAGGGAAAGACACUUUUAUGACCUGGUGGACCAAAUGGGAGAUUCGAUGUCAGCUCUCCUGGUCCUCUCCUUGCCUCUGUGGGCCUCUCGGUGUCUUAGUUUACACGUCUGCCAAAGGAGUAGAAUUAUACUUCUUUUUACAGGUAAAUUUCAAGGCAUGAUCAGUUUUCAGGAAGUGCUUCAAGACCCCAGGCGAAACGAAAAAUGCUAAGUACUCUCUGAAUUUCCAUCCCUGUGAUAAGGUGCUGCUUCUUCAGAUGAUGGGGGCCACUUUUCAGGGGGAAAUUCAGGUAUGUGUUGCCCAGGCCUGCUGUCUUGAGUACAAAUGUGAAUGAUCGACUGACUGCUUAUUGCCAAACUGGAAAUGUUCUGUAGGGACUUACUGGAUGGUAUCAUUCCUAGAUGAAAAAAAAAAAAAGAGAGAGAAACUUGACUGCACAUUUUUUUUUAAAAAAUCCAUGUUGUGACUUUUAUUUAAUUUCUAUUUUUUUUUUUUUUUGGUAAUAAAAAGUUGACUUUUUUUUUAUUUGAAUUUGUCUUUUUUUAUUUAUUGGUCUGAAAGGCAUUUCAAAGGUAUUAUAAUAAUAUAUUGGUGUAAUUUAAUUGGUGCAACAUGCUUUAUGGCUCCAGUAAACAUUGGUUUUCACUCAUUUGAUUGGUUUGAGCCCAGAACAGCCUACAGGGAAAAAAAAAAAAAAGCUAGAUAACCACCCAAAGUGUUUGUAUUUUCAUUGGAAACUGAUUUUUGUUUUGUUUUUUGUUUUUUUUUUUGUUUCUGUUUUUAUUUUUAAAUUAAAUAAAUUGCAAUGAACUGAA